GCCAUCAGCUCUGCGACUGCCGACUGUCGUUUGUUUCGUCCGCUCUGCAGGCAUUCUGCUUUGCUUUCAACGGCCAGCUGCCGUUUGCUGUCAUAAAAACAAACCAUGUGCUGUUGGUUUGAACUAAAACCGGGCAAUAAAAUGGUUUUUUGCAGUGUAUAAGCGCGGCUAGGCGAUGCUCACGAUGAACGCAGAUACCGCCGACCCCUUAGUGUCCAUCAUCAUUCCCAUUCGCAAUGGAGAAAACUGGAUCGACACCUGCCUUCAAUCUGUCUUAAACCAGACAGCGUUGAGCUUCGUGAAAGUUGAGGUCUCCGUUUGUGACGAUGCCAGCACCGACCGAACCCCGGAAUUACUCUGUACGUGGAAGUUGAGACUGGAAGCACUGUCCAUUCCUGUCAAGAUAUUCAGGAAUCAAAACCAAGAGUCUGGAGGGGUUGGUUAUGCUAAAAACAGAGCGGUUGAAAAUUCUACUGGGGAAUUUCUGUGUUUCCAAGAUGUGGAUGACAUUAUGCUGCCGUGUAGGAUUCAGGCCCAGUACGCUGUUGCAAAAGAGAACGAAAAUGCAAUUGUUGGAGGGCGGUUUAGAAGAAAGCCGGAAAAUGCAACCGCCAGAUUUUCACGAUGGGCGAAUACAAUCGCGAGUGAAAAACUUGAGGAACAAAUCUACACUUCUCACGGACCCACGAUCGUUAUGCCAACGUGGUUUUGCCACAGAUCCGUGUUUCAAAGGGUCGGUGGCUUCUGCGAGGCUGGUCGCGGUUGUCCAGAGGAUUUGAUAUUCUUUUAUUCGCACCUGGACCUCGGUGGCAGAGUUCUGAGGGUAGAUGAUACGGUUUUAAUAUAUGUGUAUCAUCCUCAAGCAGAGACUUUCUCGAUUUGCGAAGAGGUAAUCAGGAUUCUUAUCAACAGGCAAACAAUAUGGGAUCUAAGAGUUGCGCGUUUGGAAAGACUCGUUCUUCCUCUGUGGGAUAAAUUGACGAUAUGGAACGGCGGCAAACAAGGCAGGCGAUUAUUACGCAGCCUGCGUCCUCAGUUUCGGGACAAAGUUGUGGCCUUUUGUGACGUGGACAAGCAUAAGAUCGGACAGAAUUACGUAUCGUAUGAACCAGUCCGAAAGAAAAUAGGACGACCAAUUCCGAUAAUUCACUUUACAAAAGCCAAGCCUCCGUUUAUCAUUUGCGUGAAAAUGGACAUGACGAACGGCGAGUUUGAACGGAAUUUAGAAUCCUUGAACCUGAAGGAAGGAAAAGAUUACGUCCUGUUUAGCUGACACCUCUGCAUUAGGCCCGAUGGCUUCAGAAACGAAAACGAAGAACAAUCAUGAGUCAGAACCCGACGAAUCUCCAAACUGCAAUAAUUGGGUAAGUUAACAAUACGCUUGUUUAUUAUCCUUACAGACCCUAUAUUGAAAAAGAGUUUCGUCAGAGUUACCACGGGAUUCGGGGAAAAAGGGCGCUGCAGACACCAGCAGCCGACAAUCUCCUUACCCUCGACCGGUUUUCCUCCUUUACUGUGGUAAAAAGUUUCACUGCGGUGAUUCUUCUGGUCGGUAAGCUAAGUCGAGGUUGUUGGAUUCCAACCAGCUAGGUUUAUUUUAUCCGGAUCUAAUAACCUGGGUCUGUAUAAUUCUAGGAAUGUCCAACGGUCGGUAUCUAUUCUAUAUAUUAUAUAUAUGUAUAUUUUUUUUUACGACUUCUAAGCACUGAACGAAACAUUGAUGCGGAGAACAGGUUUUACCGUCGAAGUGGAAAAGGAAUUUGAAGAUGUAUUUUUCAAUAUUUAUAUGCGCGUUUAUUCAUCCGUCGCUGUCGUGUUAUGAAAACAGUAAAAAACAUAAU